AUGGUUCAGCAGCAAUCCAGGAUCAAAGCUGUAUUCUUCGACUUCAUGGGGACGUGUCUCAACUGGCACGCGAGCGUGACCGAGUCUCUUCCUUCAUCGAUUCCCAAAACCGAAGCCUCGGAUUUCGCACUUGAAUGGCGCAGACAGUACUUCCUUGAGAUUUCUGAGCGGUAUCACAAAGGCCUCGAGCCCGAAGACAUUGACACCACCUUUGCCCGCGUCCUCGACCGCCUUCUCGAACAGUCUCCCGAACAUGUCGCACACUUCGACCAGGGAACCAAAUCGCGAUUGAUCAAUGCAUGGCAUUCUCAGCCUGCAUGGGCCGAAGUACCCAAGGCUAUUCAGAGUAUCCGCGAGGACAUGGGUCUCGAAGUGUUCGUGCACGCCAACGGCACAACACGGCUGCAGCUGGACCUUGUUCGUUCUUCGGGGCUCAUCUUCAACAUGCUUUUCUCCAGCCAGCUCUUGGGUGUCUACAAGCCUAGUCCAGAUUCAUACAAAAAGGCCCUAGAGCUGGUCAAACUCAAACCAGAGGAGGUGGUCUUGGUCGCCGCCCACGCGUAUGACUUGCGUGGGGCUCGGGAGGUCGGGUUGAGGACGGUGUAUGUGCAUCGCUGGACUGACGACGUGGACGAGGACAUGGAGAAGGUCAAAUCUGAAUUCGAUGCCUUUCUUGAAGAUAUGACAGGUCUGCCUAGCGUUAUCGAUGGUUUUUCCAAGGGAGAGCCGUUGAAGAAGAGGGUCUAG